UUCAACCAGCUUCUGCUAUGCAUCGAGCCCAUCACGUCGCGAGUGCGUGUUUCAGUCCUCGUUCGCAGACCACCUCCUCUUUCACAGCCAGAGAGAAACCUGAGGGAACCAACCAGCCAAGGCAUCUCAUCAUCAUCAUGAGGAAGAUCACCGGCAAACACUUGUUGUGCUUCUUCCUGCUUGCCUUGCCGAUGUCCUGGGCAGAGGACACCAAGAAGGAUGUGCGGAAAAGGGAGAAUGUGACAGUUUGGAGCCAAGCGAAGAAUAGGCGGCUGUUUGCAAGGCAAAAGAUUUCUCCACCACGCCAAAGUGUCACUCCCAAGCACAAGUCGAACCUCGUAACUCCGGCGCGUCGCUGCGGACGCUUGAUGGAAAGCUGCUCCCCUCACCUGCUGUGCUGCGACCCCUGCGCCUCCUGCCGCUGUCGACUCUUCAACACCAUCUGUCACUGCUGGAGGAUGAACCCCCUCUGCUUAAAGAGGACCUAGAUGCAGCACGCAAACACAUCACAACGCCUGAACAUAUAUUGUGGUUGACAAAAGAGCACGGAAAGAUUCACAUGUGCUCUGUGGGUUUGUCUGCACAAAUGCAGUUAAGCGAUUAAACUUCAAAAUAAAAUCGAAGCAUUUUGAAAAAUGCUUCUGAUAUUAUGUGAGGCAUUUGUUUGUAUUUGUUUGUAUUUAUUCAAGAGUUCUUCUGUCU